GAAUUAUUGAUAUUAAUGUGAUCCACGCAACGCAUGUACAGAGAAUCAGCAUAUGUAGACACAUAAGCCACAUAACAUUUUAAACGUGAAGCAGGAUGAAUGAGAACUCCAAGAUUGAGGUUCAGAUUGAGAACUGCCAGGGCUAUGUCUGGUCUGUCCAGGAUGUUCUCAGGUUGCGUAGAGAUCACAGAAUCCUGGGAAGCCUGGUUGGAUGCGGAGCUAAACAUCCCAGGGAGGAACAAGGUUUACCUCUUCUUCUCUCUCCCCAGGAGAUUCAAGUUCUCAAGGAGGAGAACGUGGUGAGGUUGGUUCAACUCCCAGAGCUCCGGGAGCCUCCUACAGCUGAAAGAAAAUCUAGUUCCCAUGAGUAUCUGGAGUCAAGCUACCAGCAGCAGAUUCAUAUUUUCAAGAAAGAGAAGGAAAAGAACAUUGAGCAGUUCGCGGACAGAAUUUUGGCGGGAAAAUUAAAGAAAAUGGAGAAAAUGGAAGGAAAAAUUUUAAAGAAGAAUCAGGCUGAAGCCGGUCUAAGUCCUGAGUCUAAAGCGUUAAGAAUUACUAGGGAAGAUGUGAUAGCAGAAGAAAUAAAAAAGAUACAACCUAUAUCUCGAGACCACCAGGUUCUGCAGAUCCAUCUCCGUGAUCCCUGGAUCUCAGAACAGGGUAGGGUUAAAACCCGCUGGGUUUAUCCUACCGGAGAGCUUAACAAAUGUCGUCUUCUCGCAUUCAAACGACUUCGAGAGCAAGGACUUUUUGUCGGAGAAGGAUCUAAGUUUGGUGGAGAUUUCCUUGUAUAUCUGGGUGAUCCUGUCAGAUUCCAUGCUAAAUAUAUCCUUAUAUGUAAAGAAAAGAAUUGGAUAGAAGGUGCCAGGAACCGGCCUCAGGAUCUAGUUGCUAAAAGUAGGUUAGGUAACCAAGUGAGGAAGAUAAUACUGGUUGCUACUCUGCAAGACGAGGAUACUAAUGAAACCGAGCAGAGCGAAGAAAAUGUGGAUCAAGUGAGGAAAACAAGGAAGAGAGAAACUGUUCUUUUUACAAGUAUUGUUAGACAAGUUCAAGACUAUACCAGGCGAGAUACCGCGGAACAUUUUGGCGAGAUGGAACUAUGACAUUGAACAAUUAUGGUUUUUAACUUAAUUAUGCUGUGAUGUACAUUAAUACCAUUGUUUAUUAAUUUUGUAUUCUUUUCAGAAA